UUUGCAGUUUCCGGCGAAAAAGGAUCAAAUGUGUCGUCCGUGAACUCGUCCAUCAUCAGUUUUCUCCAAACAAGAAACAAAAAACAACAAACCAUGUCGCGAAUGGAUAGUUAUAGUUCAUCGAUUCGUGAGGAGCAGAAAGCCAUUCUUAAUGGUCUUUUAGGAAUAAUCUAUGACAACUAUGACACAACUAGGAAAAUUCAUCAAACCGUCGAUGGAAUCUAUCGAAUGGUCGUCGCCUUAUUGCUCAUCGUGAUAGCUCUCAUCAUCAUUGCCGUAUUUCUCAUUUGUUUCUUUCAUUGUCGCCGUGCCAACAACGAGGAGAGAUCUCCACUGCACUCGAAUCGAAAAAGUCAUCCCAUUGAAAUUUGAACAUUAUUUAAGAAUUUUGUAAUUUUCGAUAGAAUACGUUUUGUUAUGGGUCUUGCCUUGUGUACCAAUAAAUUUUUGAACUAUGCA